GUUAUUAUCACCACUGCCACCCCCACUGCAGUGCUUUGAUUUAUUUGGUGCAAAAAAAAUAAAUAAAUAAACUGAAAUAAACUGUCACACAGCAACACAUUGGUGGUUUUGGUUAAACACGUACUUGAAUAAAGUGGGGGGGGAUAUACACAUUUGCAAUGUGUAUAUGUGUAUAUACAAAUAUGUGUGGAUUAAUAGAAACAUACAGCAAAUAUUCACUUCGGGUAGGAAAGAGUUAGGUUUGGGUCCUGCAGCCAGCUGACUGACCACGUGACUUUGCGGAAGUAGGAGUAUCAACAACAUGAGUAGGGCUGGAGCUUGAGCCGCUUCUUGCAAGAAUGGUUCGCUGUUUUGUUUUGUUAUUCAUCUUUGGGUGUGUAAAUAAAGUUGCAUGUCUUCAGAGUUCAUGCGGGGCCGAGCAGGACGUCGCGGCCCCGCAGGGAGCAGCGGGCUGCGGCUGUGAAAACCUGAAGAGAGCCGCUGCUGCUGCUGCGGAGCCCGUGGAGGACAGGAGGACGGCUUCAGGAGAGUCAGCCGUCAAAUACUCCAGAGGCGCCAACGAGAGGCUGCCUGAGGCUCAGGAAGAUGAGAAGAAAAUACAGAGUAAGAUGGUGCUGAUUUCUGGAGGAGAAUUCCUGAUGGGUACGGACAACCCCAGCAUCCCUGCAGACGGAGAAGGCCCUCAGAGGCUAGUGUACGUGGACUCCUUCUACAUGGACAUCCAGGAAGUCACUAACAGGCAGUUCCAGAGCUUUGUCAGUGCCACAGGAUAUGUUACUGAGGCAGAGAAAUUUGGAGACUCAUUUGUAUUUGAGGGAAUUUUGAGCGACACAGUCAAGAAUCAAAUCACCCAAGCAGUGGCUGCUGCCCCCUGGUGGCUUCCAGUCAAAGGGGCCAGCUGGAGACACCCCGAGGGUCCAGACUCCAACAUCAAAGACAGACUGGACCAUCCUGUUCUACAUGUGUCCUGGGCAGAUGCUGUCGCCUACUGCUCCUGGGCCAACAAGAGACUUCCUACAGAGGCAGAAUGGGAGUAUGCCUGCAGGAGCGGCCUGAAAGACAGGCUUUACCCCUGGGGAAACAAGUUGAACCCAAAAGGACAACACUACGCCAACCUCUGGCAGGGGGAUUUCCCCAACCAUAACUCUGGAGAGGAUGGGUUCAUCAAAACCUCACCAGUGAUGUCCUUUCCUGCUAAUGGCUUUGGUCUGUAUGACAUGGUAGGGAACGCAUGGGAAUGGACCUCAGACUGGUGGACUGUUCAUCACACCACAGACCAGCAACACAACCCAAAAGGUCCUCCUUCAGGCACAGACAAAGUGAAGAAGGGAGGGUCAUAUAUGUGCCACAAGUCUUAUUGUUACAGAUACCGAUGUGCGGCCCGAAGCCAGAACACACCAGACAGCUCAGCCUCUAAUCUUGGCUUUCGCUGUGUCUCUCAGGAGAAACUGUGACCUGACCUGCUUGUCUUGAACACAGGGUCCCUUAUUCCAGCUGCUCUCUAACCCCAGUGUUGGAUGCAGGGAGAACCAAUGGAAUCAGUAUUUGAAUUUGAUAGUGAGGUUAAUUAUCUGCCUUCGCAUUAGCAUGAUUUAAAAGGGAAAAAAAAAGACAGAGGCCCUCAAA